AUGACCUUGAGCUUGGCCGCAACCGCCUCACGUCUGCUUCAGCGCCUCGCGCCCCGGGUCUUGUCCUCCGACAUAACUGAUCCCUCGCGGCGUUUCCAAUUCAUGUCCGAUUUGCACCUCGAAGUCUGCCAGCAAUACACCACCUUUGACUUUCCUGUGACAGCGCCCUAUCUCAUUCUCGGCGGGGACAUUGGCCGCCUCAUCGACCACGAUGGACUCCUAGCCUUUCUUCAGCGGCAGACCGCCCGGUACGAGCGCGUGUUCUUCGUCUUGGGGAACCACGAGUUCUAUGGCAUGGCAUACGAGGAAGCGGUGCAGAAAGCGUCGCAGCUGGAAAAUGAGCCAUCGCUCGAGGGCAAGGUCACCCUCUUGCACCAGGGCCGGCACGACCUUGAUCUACCGUCGAAGCCGGGCAUUACGAUUCUGGGAUGUGUCCUGUGGUCGCAGAUUGCAGCCGAGUCGGCUGACAGGAUCGACACGAUGGUCAGUGACUUCAAGGAGAUUCGAGGCUGGUCCACCACCACACACAGCGCCACGCACGCAUCAGAUCGGUCGUGGCUGCAAUCCGAGCUGCGCCGUAUCCGCGAGGAGGGCGAGGGGCAAGCGCAGCCACGGGACGUGAUUGUCGUGACACACCAUGCGCCUCUCGUCAAGGGGACGGCGAGCCCACAGCACGAGGGCAACGUUGUGAGCUCAGCCUUUGCGACGGAUCUGUGCCUGGGUGAAGAGUGGAGCGGUGUGAAGCAUUGGGUAUUUGGACACACGCACUGGACGACGGACCUGAAGUCGAGCAAUGGCGUGAGAGUUGUGAGCAACCAGCGAGGAUACGUCUUUCCGGGGAAGACGCGGGCUCUAGAUCAGAGGCCGGUGAAGCAUACCUUUGACCCAUCGAGACGUAUUCAGUGUUGA